CCCAGGAAAGCAUGGCCCUUAACAAAGUUGCGCUCCUUUCUCUCCUCAUUUUGUUUGGAACAUUUCUACUUUUAAGCGAGGUGGAAUAUGCAGAUGCAGCCGUUUGUCCUCGUAAUUGUGAUCCGAAAAUUCGCUACGGAAGAUGCCCAAAAUCAGGAAAUAAGAAGUUUAAAACUAUAUGCACUAACUGUUGUGCAGGCUUAGCAGGUUGCAACUAUUUCACUGCUAAUGGAACUUUCAUUUGUGAAGGAGAGACAGAGAGUAAAGUCGAAACCAUAGAGACUAGAGACGAAACUAUGAUCGAAUCAAAUAAGAUUUGUCCCUUUAAUUGCAAUCCAAGAAUUGCCUAUUCGAUAUGCCCCGGAAAUAAAAGGAGUAGUGGUAGAAUAUGCACUAACUGUUGCGCAGGUAGAAAGGGUUGCAACUAUUUCAGUACUGAUGGAACUUUUGUUUGUGAAGGAGAGUCUGAAGUCGAAAGUAAGCUAGAAGUUAAGCCUUGUCCACGUAACUGUGAUUCAAGAGUUUCUUACAUGACUUGCCCAGGGUCGGGAUUGGCUAAACUUAGUCAAGUUUGUGUUAAUUGUUGCUCAGCAGGAGAAGGUUGCAAACUCUAUGGUUUUGAUCGAUCUUUACUUUGUACUGGUGGGGAGCUAGAAAGCUAUUAAUCCUCAACGGCUAGCUGCUGUUUUUAGAUUUUUAGUACUUUUCUAUGUUUCAAAUAAAUGCAUGAGGUUAUGCCUCAUGUAGCGUGUGAUCAUGUGGCAGUGGAUUUUUCCAAUUUCCACUGUUUGUGCUAGGGUUUUCAAGAUCCUAAUGAAUGGUGUACU